ACAACACCUGCUUGACUCCAUCUAAAUUGACGACCCGCCCUGGCUCUGGGAAAUAUAGGCAGCAUCCCUGCGGUCCCAGCGUUCACUCUCUCUCUCUCUGCGCUGCCUGCCUGAAUACAGUCUACAGCCGAGUGCAACGAGUUACCACAGACAGACAGAGAGCAGACUGGCUGGUUGGACCGGUGCGUUUCCGAUACAACACUGCAUCGUUGUUUCAGAGCGAAGAGAAGGCAGCUUAUAACACAGGUACCUACUGGUCUUCGCAGAUAGAGAGGCAGAAAUGUUGGUCAAAUUUGCAAUAGCGCUUCUGGUUUUGUCAGUUCUGGAGCAAGUGGUGGGAUUGGAUAAUAUCGAUGUUCAUGACAACCCGCCAGAGAAACCGGCGAGCCAGAAAGGACGUAUGUCUCUGCAGAACACAGCUGAGAUCCAGCACUGUCUGGUGAGUGCAGGAGACGUGGGCUGUGGUGUGUUUGAGUGUUUUGAGAACAACUCCUGUGAGAUCAGAGGCCUGCAGGAGAUCUGUCUGACCUUCCUACACAACGCCGGAAAGUUCGACUCCCAGGGUAAGUCGUUCAUCAAGGAUGCUCUGAAGUGCAUGGCCCACGGCUUGAGACACAAGUUCAGCUGCAUCAGCAGGAAGUGCCUGGCCAUUAAAGAGAUGGUGUUCCAGCUGCAGAGAGAGUGUUACCUCAGACACAACCUGUGUUCUGCAGCCAAGGAGAACAUUGCGGUCAUGGUGGAGAUGAUCCACUUCCAGGACCUCUUCCCUAAAGGGCCGUAUGUGGAGCUGGUUAACAUCCUACUGAGCUGUGGGGAGGAGGUGAAGGAGGCCUUAACCAGGAGCGUCCGGCUGCAGUGUGAGCAGAACUGGGGGGCUCUCUGUGACAGCCUGAGUGUCUGCUCUUCCCUCACCCCCCCUCCUGGUCAGGCCCCCUCCUCCCACGAUCACCGCCGCCACGGGUCCCCCCACUCUGAGCCAGACCACCCCGACCCCCCCCGACAGGGGGACAAGGACAAGUCCAGUAAAGGAGGCUUCAACGCCCACCCCCGCAGCCGCAGCCAGGGUCCCCGCCGACAGAGCCCCGAGGCUGGGGUGGUGGCGGAGCAGGAAGACCCUGAGGCCACAGACAUCCGGAGGUGAAAGAGACAUUGGACCCUAACUAUCCUGAUUCUCCCCCGACCGUGUCACCAUCGCAG